UCGUCCUGACAACGCCGUGUAAACUCCCAGUGCUUUCUGAGGGACCAAAACAACACACACUGGCAUGUUGUGACAAGAGAAAUGACUGAAAACAUCAACAUGUCAUCGGGUUGACUGGUUAUGACUGAGUUUCGAAAAACGUUUGAUAUUUGAAGAAGAAGAAAGAAAAAGAGUUAGAAGAAUCGUACAUAAAGAUCUCUUACAGACCCCCCCCCCCCGGGAAUAAGACAGAACAACAAUGGGUCUGUUUGAUAAACUCGCUGGCUGGUUGGGGCUGAAGAAGAAGGAAGUGAAUGUUCUGUGUCUGGGAUUGGACAACAGCGGCAAGACCACCAUCAUCAACCAACUCAAACCGUCCAAUGCCCAGACACAAGACAUCGUCCCGACCAUUGGCUUCAGCAUCGAGAAGUUCAAGACAUCAAGUCUCUCCUUCACAGUGUUCGACAUGUCUGGCCAAGGGCGAUACAGAAACCUCUGGGAACACUACUACAAGGAGGGUCAAGCCAUCAUCUUUGUGGUGGACAGUGGAGACAAGUUGAGGAUGGUGGUCGCUAAAGAGGAACUGGACACCCUGCUCAACCACCCAGACGUAAAACACCGACGGAUCCCCCUGCUGUUCUUCGCCAACAAGAUGGACGUGAGAGACGCCCUGUCUUCAGUCAAGGUCUCCCAGCUCCUCUGUCUGGAGAACAUCAAGGACAAGCCCUGGCACAUCUGUGCCAGCGAUGCUGUAAAAGGAGAAGGUUUACCGGAAGGCGUCGAUUGGCUGCAAGAUCAAAUUAGAACGAUGAGAACCUGAGAGGUUGAGAGAACGACGACGCGACGUGGAGGGGGGUGAGGAGGGGGGGAAUGCCAUCGUCUGUUUGUCGUCAUGGCAACACUGGAGUCCCUCGGGCGUUGACCCCCCCAAUGGUGUAAAUUCUCAACAUGACUCCUACCACCACCCAACCACACACACACACACAUGCCUCAGAAGAGUUGGAGCCAGCUAUGACCUUCCGACCUUUAAAGAUCAGCCAGUCUGGAUGGAGGACGAGCCUUUCCAACGGUCCCUGGAAAUAGUCUUUUCUCCAGAUAAAUCACUCAUCUUCCCCCCAGUUUCUCUUUUCACCCUCAUUUCAAAUGACCCACUCCCAAUAAACCAGUUUGAAAUUGA